CCUGCCCCCCGGAAUAGCACUUGUACUUUGAGCGUCGCCUGCCUUUUCCAAAAGGUUGUGUGUACUUGCAGCAGAUUGUACCUCGGGAGCUUUAUUUCUGUACUUCUUCCUACAAAAAUGACGAGUUUUAAGUUUAGUGUUUCCAGCACUUGUUGUCUUGAAUGGAGCAUCUGACUUGAAAUAUACUUGGUGAUGACCGUGGUUAUAGACAUACUACAUUUGAGUUUAUAGAAGCACGUUUAGGUGCACAGGCACCGACACUGAAAACUUGGUUUUAAGUGACUUGCCCAAGGUGGCAUAGCAAGCUGGGGGCAGAGCCUGGACAAGAAAUCAAAUGCUUUGAAUGAUCUGAUGCUCCUUGAUAUGUUGGUGCAUUUGACAGGACUUGCAUUAACACUUUGUGUGCAGAGGUGGACUGUUCGCAAAUCAACUCAACCCUAUGUAUCAAAGAUUAGUUUCUACUGCAUUAAGUUCAAUAACAUAAAAGAGCUUUUUUUUUUAAAGCAACUGUAAAAUCAAAACUUAGUGUGGCAUUGUAAAUCAUAACAUAACUAUUUUCCACAAGCAGAAGGAGAAAAUAUUCAGUAACAGCUAAAUUCAGGAGUUCCAUAUUACCUAUUUAAAAACAAAAACAAAAACCUUCCUCUUUAUCAGAUGUAACAGUGCUGUUCCAUAAGAUAAACAAUUGAUGCCAACACUUUUUCUAUUACAGUAUUUUUUUUAAAAGUUCACUUUAAAAAAAAAUGGCUUCCUUGUUUUGUCAUUAAAAUAGCACUGUAAUGCUUGGAGAGGUAACUAGCAACUCUAGAUUGUGAGGCAAUAGAUUGAGGGAAUAGGCUAUCUCUUUAUGACAGAAAAUAGUCUUAAAAAUUGUCUCAUCCCCCACAAGUACUAUUUUUGGUACUAUCAUUAAGACUUUCCUGUGUUCAAUCAGAAAGAAAUGCUUUAAAAUUCUUUUAAGUAUUUCAAUAUGAAGCUGCAUAAAGGAAUUUCCAAACCAAAAAGUAGUGCUUAAAAUUGAAACAAGUAUUUUUGUCAUAAGUAAAUUCUUGACCUAAUGCUUAUACAAAACACUUUCCACAUAUGACACUCACUUAAAAUACAUUUAAAUAAGUUCAAGUUUGGAAAUUUGUAAUAAGUGAUAAUCUUACGGACACUUUGCAGACAGAUUACAAACCUGUGCUAGCUAAAGACAUUCUGAAAAUUGACGCUGGAACUUAUGUCUCUAAUCUGCCCAGGAACUGUAAGCAUAGCAAGGGGGAAAUUUUAUCAUUUAGCAAGAAGUUAAAGAAUUUUAACAUUAGUAACAAGAGCAAGUGCUAUUCCUGUAAGUUAGACUAAUCAUUUUAUUACUUCUAGAAAUGAAUGUUUCAUGCCAAAUCAAAAAAAUGAAAUAACUGUCACUAAAAAUAAAUAAAAAAACAGUGCCAGAUAAUGUUCUGAAGUCAAAGGUCUGUGUGCUGGAAGAAGAUUGCUUACUGUGAUUUCCUGCUCCAUGAUCAAGGAUUAUGAUUGCAACCCUUGAAGAACUGGAAGGGUAGGGUCAAGCUUGUAUCUUGUUGUCUAGCCUGGUAUCCAGGGCAACACUAAUUCUAGAGGAACAGUGCUGUUACCAACUGUUACCAACUUCCUUUCUUCUUUGAGAUCAUGAAGGACAAGCUAUUUUUGACAGACUCGGGACUGGUAUACUCUAGGUGUUGCUGUGUGGCAUGGUACUACAGCAUGAUUGUAUCCUGGUUCGUAAGCAAACUUCUUCAUUCUCAAAACAGCUGCAGCGACUGCAGUAAGCUAUAUAACUCUUUCCUAAGAGUAUGUUAGACCCUCUCUUGUGUUUCGGGGACAUAGUUAUGGCCAGAAUAGAGUUAUUGCUACCACGGAGAUUUCAUUUUCUAUUUGCUUGUCAUUACCACUCAUCCUUUCCUAGGCGGAAAAGUUGUUGUGUGCGCUAUCUUUGGUUUGUCCUUUGCCUGGUACCAUGACAUGAGGAACACUUCAUUGGUUUUUGAUCAGAUUGGAACUGAAAAGUCUUCUUUUGAGGUCUGCUAUGUGGUAAUUUGGAAUGCAGGAUCAGAAAGCAUUUCUCAGCCUCUAGUCGUUUCUUUCAAACUGCUUUGUUUGCCGUAAGUUUCAUCUUUAGCUUGUAGCUGCUGAAUAUAUUUUACAUAAAGUCUUCCUAAAUUUUUGCUUAUUGUUUUUUGAUUUUUUUGAUUCUGCUGACUUGUAAGUACUCGUAUGGCUGUUGGAGCACUUCUUGUUUUUUUGUUUGUUUUUGUUUUUUUGUUUGUUUGACUGAUCUGUCAGUACUAAAGUUCAGUGGUUAUAUAGAAAUGAAUUGGAUUUAUUUUUACUUCUGAAGUACUUUGCAGUGAAUGUAGGAACAAUAUGGAAUUACUGCAACAUGGAAUUCAGUCUCAUAAAUAUUUCAGCCUUUGAGUUCAGUUUGCUUUUAAAUAACUUCCCCUCUUGCUAACGUUUAGGAAGUGCAGCAGUUAAAUCAGCAAGUGGAGGAGAAAAACGGAGAGAUACAGCAGAUGAUAAAUCAGCCCCCAUAUGAAAAGGACAGAGAAAUCUUACGGCUUCAGAAAACCUUGGCAGAGAAGGAGAAAGCUCAGGCCACUAGUGAAGUUUUGUGCCGUUCACUUGCUGAUGAAACACACCAACUUCAACGCAAAUUAGCAUCCACAGCAGAAAUGUGUCAACAUCUGGCAAAAUGUCUAGAAGAGAAGCAAAGAAGAGAAAAGGGGAAUUCAGAUGAUCAGAUUCCUACUGAAAGAUCUAAUCAGCUGUCAGACAAUGAAACUUCACUUCAAGCCCUUAUCUGUAAACUGCAAGAUGAAAACAGGAUGUUAAAACAAAAAGUGGCUCACGUAGAAGACUUAAAUGCAAAAUGGCAGAAAUAUGAUGCUAGUAGGGAUGAGUAUGUGAAGCGACUCCACUUGCAGCUAAAAGAACUGAAGUCACAACGGGAGCAACAGCAUGGCAUAACUUCAGCACAAACAAAUUACGAGCUGAUGCAAAAGGAGAUAUUCCGGUUAAACAAGCUACUAGAAGAAAAAAUGAAUGAAUGCAUAAUAGCAAAGAGAGAAUUAGAAGAUGUGAAGAAGGCUAGUGAAGGAGAUAACGAACGCAUACAAAUGCUGGAGCAGCAGGUCCUAGUUUAUAAAGAUGAUUUUACAUCUGAGAGAUCAGACAGAGAACGAGCACAGAGUAAAAUACAAGAGCUUCAAGCAGAAGUUGCAUGUCUGCAGCACCAGCUAACAAGAAGACAGGACUCAAGAGACUCAACUAGUCAUUUCAGAGUUCACGUUGGUAACCAAAAUCACAUGUAUGUACAGACAAACGUUGAACAUCUACGAGACAACAGCCCAGGCCAAACGGGCAUGAGGAGAGCAGCUUCACGAUCUGAGCAAGGUUCUCCACCUGUAGACAAUAGAAACUCAGGAUCAGAGGGCAGGGCACAGGGUGAACUUAGAUGCCCUCAUUGUAUGAGGUUUUUCAACGAUGAACUCAGUGAUGAAUUUCUCAAACACGUUGCUGAAUGUUGUCAGUGACCAUGUGAGGAGUGUAAGUUAAUCACUACUUUAUAGAUAAAGUACUCUAUACAUAUCUCCUACAGUCCUAAAACAGAGUAAUUCAAGUGGACAACUCUUAGGAAUUAGGGAGAUGAACAAUAUCUACCUCUUACUUGAUUUCACCUUCUUUUGGACUGUAUGAAAGACUUCAAGAUAAAGCAAAGCCUUUUAUGAGGAAAUAUUUUUCGAACAAUUAUGAGGGAAGCAAGCAUAAUGCAAAUUGUGCUACAAAGUAAAGAAGAAACUGGUAGCAUGCAGUUUCACUCAGCUACAAGUCUAAUUCUUCACAGCAGUCUGAAAAUCACCGAACUUGAAAUAUAACUCCUUUUUCAAAGAUGGAAAGAAGCUGCCUGAAGAACAGCUUCAGGGGGGAAGAACAAUUUGGCAAAACAUAGCAGGAAAAAAAUCUUAUUUUGCUUUAUCUGGAUUAAAAUUGAAAGUAUUUUCUUUGCUAUUAAGGGUAUACAUGGCUGAAAAUCCUUAUGCUCGGCUGAAAAUCCUUAUGCUCAACUGAAAGCAAGAGAAGUGAAGGAAAUCUAAAAGGCUGGUCAUUGAAUAAAUGACCUUGUCUUUUUGCACAGAAAUACAGUUAUUUAUGGCACAAAAAAUAAAUAUCUCUACAACUUUACACAUUUGUAAAUGUGUAUUUGUGUAAUUAGUGAUUGUAUGCAAAUUUUAUAAUGGCCUAAUGAUUAUUUUUGUAAUAAAAGUGACAGUGCAGUUGCUUUACUGCAUUGGUAAAGUAUCAGAGCCCUUUCUUUCCAUGCAAGUACUUGUAAAAUAGUCCAAGUAACUAUACUUACAUUUAUCUGAAACCAUGACAUUUAGUUAACACUUGCGUUAUUCCAUUACUUCACUAACAACCACUGUCUCAGACUAUUUGCAAAUAAAUAUGGGGAAAAAUCAUUCCUUAGUUACGGGAGGAAGAAUGACCUUUCGGAUAAACAAGAACACAUUUAACUCCCUACCCUGCCACACACUGUUUGUGAGUACACCAGCGUUAGCUUAAGUUUAUUUUUAGCCUAUAAUACAGUGGAAAUAACUUCAAGAUCAUUUUGAGUAGUGGGUAAAGUGUACAAUUUUUUUCUACCCUUGGCUCCAGGUGUUUCUCAGUAUGUCAGAGUUGGAGUUAAGGACAGUAUGUCAACAAAGGCCUGGUAACCACGACCUUUUAAGUUUAAAGAAAAAGAGUUUACUGUUUAUAAUAGCACUGCUGUCCUUUAUGCUUUGCUUACUUUCCAGUUCUGUACUUUUUUUUGGAUGAUUGUGGCUAUUUUUCCUUCACUUAUC